AUGUUGAACCUGCAACCGAAAUCCUCGUUCAAAAUGAUGCGAUCCAGCAUCAACUUGUGUAAAGUUGUAGGUCUCUGGGAUGAAGCAAACCGUCGUCGAAGACCCCGGUGGCAAGUAAUACUACUGGCUUCAUCCUUAAUCCUCUGGUACAUCAUUCCCAGUGCGGCUUUCAUGAUACGAAACGAAAAAGUUUUAUUAAUCCAACUAAAGCCCACAUUAGAGUUGUUCGCUAUUAUCAUCUUUACGGUGCGGUUAUUCGUACAUAUAAUUACCCAAGAUAAGCUGCAGAAGUGUUAUUACCAAACUCACAGUGUUCUAAAUGAGUUCGUAGACAGUUCGUUCGAAGAUGUCAGAAGUAUCCUUGCGCAUAUGCAGGUGUCAUCAGAAAGACUCGUGAAAUAUUAUACUUGCGGUGUCAUGGCCCAAGCAUCGAUUUACGGCUGGGUCCCUGCUAUCAUCACUAUUUUUAAGUACGCCGUAGGAACAAAGAUUCCCGAGCUACCGUCGACGGUGUUGGAAGCGGAUUUUGUUUUCUUCGAUCAGAAGUCCAGCUUUUGGAUCUGGCUUCCGGUGAUGGCUAUUUCGCUGAUUGUGCAGUACUUGAUGGUGGUCACCAUGUCAGCGAACGAGUGUCUCCUAUGGAACCUACUGCAUCACGUGUCCUGUACCUUCAAACUGAUCACUAUGGAGAUUGGGAAACUUGAGCACUGGAAAGAAGCGGCGGAGUAUCGGGUGAAACUUACAAGAAUCAUAAGACAUCACGAAUCGUGCUACGAAAGCGCACGACUCCUCGAAAGCAGCCUUUGUCCAGUCAUGGCAAUUCUUUAUUGUUCUUGCGUCCUGCAAACCUGUUACAUCAUGUUUGUCGUCAGUGUUGUCGAGGAUUACAUUGUGCUUGGUUCAAUGAUGUUUGUACUCAACUACACGGUCUUUAUGAUCUUUACUUUUUCCAUGCUGGGAACAGAACUAAUGGAAACCAGUUCCGCCGUAUCCAACGCCAUUUAUUUCUCACGCUGGUACGAACAUUCCGACCAGGAGCAGCGGCUACUUCUUUUCAUGCUUAAGAGGUCCCAGAAGACGACAUCUAUAAGUGCAGCAAAAUUUUUCUCGGUCACCCGAGCAUCCUUCGCAGGGGCUAUGAGAUCCGCCUUCUCGUAUUUCACCGUAAUGCAACAGACAAUUAAUAAAUAAAGCACAAUCGUCUAUAUGGAAUGAUGAGGAGCAACCGACCGAAAUCGCAAACUUAAAUUCAAAUUUUGUUAAGAAAUAUGAAA